GCACGUCAGUGGUUGCGGAAGAGUGAAGUUAUUUCGUGUUUUGUGAAAACAAGUGCAUCAGAAUCUUGAGAAAUUUGUGAUUUUUUUUUUAAGUUUUUGUAGCUAGACAUCUAUCAAUACACACAACGAGAUGGCCGGCAUGCCAGACCAGCAGUUCCUGUGGAACAUCUUCCAGAAGGUCGAUCGCGACCGAAGUGGGUUCAUAUCGCAGGACGAGCUACAGCAGGCGCUUUCGAACGGAACGUGGAACCCGUUCAACCCGGAAACGGUCCGGCUCAUGAUUGGGAUGUUUGAUCGCUCGAACCGCGGCGUCGUAAACUUCCAGGACUUUGGAGCGCUGUGGAAGUACGUGACGGACUGGCAGAACUGCUUCCGCUCGUUCGACACGGACAACUCGGGAAACAUCGACAAGAACGAGCUGAAGGCAGCGCUGACGGCCUUUGGAUAUCGCCUGUCGGACGGGCUUUACGACACGCUGAUUCGAAAGUUUGAUCGAUACGGAAACGGGACGAUUUUGUUCGAUGAUUUUAUCCAGUGCUGCGUAAUUUUGUACACGCUGACGUCGUCCUUCCGGCAGUACGACACGGACCAGGACGGCGUCAUAACCAUCCACUACGAGCAGUUUUUGAACAUGGUGUUUAGCUUGAAGAUUUGAAUGGGCCGCUUUUGGGGUGAUAGAAUUAGAUUGGAUCCGUCGCAAACGAUUUAUAAAUUUCUAAACUUUGUCAAUCAAUUUUAAACUCGAUGCAGAGAAAGCACUUGAAUGACACUCUUGUUCUGGCUUGGUCGAAUCGUAAGUAACAAUCGUUCACCAGAGCCACAAAAGGGGUGCCAUUGAGAUAUUUUCGGCUUGGUGUGGAUAAGAUGUUCGUCUCACGAAAAAUAAAUGGCCUUAAUGUUUAGCUAAAGAUCAUAUAUGUAGGUGGCAAAGCUCGGAGAUUCUGAUAGUGUAUGUAAAUUUUCUCCCCUAAAACAGUAGUUAUUCUCCAACUCCCCACUUGCUGUAGCACGAAA